AUGUCCGGCCUGAUUUUAAACCCCAAGCCAUUCUUGACCAAUUUGACAGGCAAGCCUGUUGUGGCACGACUUAAAUGGGAGGAGUAUAUUAACGGAGAGCUUACAGGAAAUUUGGGAGAGACGCUUGUGCGCUGCAACAAUGUGCUAUUCAUACGAGGAUUGCUGGAUGACGAGAAACCACCUGCCGAGGCUCCAACGAAUGAUGCAGAGCCCAUGACAGACACUCACUAG